AUGCUGCGGCAAACGCUUUCUUUGCUAAGUACUUAUAGCUGGAAGGAGGUGGCGUAUAUGACCAAGUCUCCACAUGCGCUACAGGCUUUAGACAUUACAAUUCCACAACGAAUUCCUCCUUGUGCUAAGCUACCUACUUGUGUAUUUGUCCAUGGCGGAUCGUGGCAACAGGGUGAUAAAAACGGUGGACUGAACAAAGGCAUUGACAAAGCGUUCGUGCGUGCUGGAUGCUUGGGUGUCUCUGUCAAUUAUCGGUUAUCACCGGAAGUGAAGCAUCCUGAACAUGUCAAAGAUGUAGCUGCUUCUCUUACAUGGUUGCAUCGGAACAUUUACAAGUAUGGCGGUGAUCCAGAGAAGUUGGUGCUGGUGGGAUACAGUGCUGGUGCACAUUUGGUUAUGCAGGUUCUUGCUGAUCCACAGUAUCUGAGAGCAGCAGGUAUGGAGCAGCCAGUUGGCACAUUCGUGAAAGGUGCUGUGGGUAUCUCGGGUGUAUACAAUGUCGUGCGACUCGCAAACGCACCAUUCUAUGGAACGCUUGUGACAAAUCCACCUUUUGGUAAGCAAGUCGAGCAAUGGAGAGAGGCGUCGAUUGGCGUGACUGUCAUGCGAGUUGGACCGACCUCGCCACUGAUCAAGAUGCCACUGCUGCUAUUAAAUGCCCAAGAAGACUUCCACUUUCAAGAAGACUCUCUUGAACUUGAGCAGUGGCUACGUGCAGCAGGAAACACUAGCAUUAAACGACACGUCAUAAGCAAUUGCAACCAUUUUACCAUCAUCCAACAUCUCGCAAACGAUAAACCUAGCACCAACGCGACUAAGCAGUUGAUCAAGUCGUUUGUAGCGAGCAUCGCUGGCUCACGCAAUUCGAAAAGUUUUUCGAUUUUUGGAGAAUUUUGA